CAGGAAAAAGAAAUAACGAUGUCGGGCCCAGCAUAACCCGCGUCAACGCGGCCCAGAUCUGAAUCCCGCGUAAACUCUACGCAGUCGGAGUUCGAGUUCGAGUUCAUGUCGGAGACGGAGAUCCUUCCGGUGGAUUUAAGGCCGCGAUUCGCCCGCGGGAUCGAAACCCUAGCUCCCCCUCCCGAGAUCUCGAUCUGAUCCAGCUCUCGACAAACCCUAGCUUCUCAGCGCUCUGUUUCCCGGUGAUCGCGCGCGCGUGCGUGCUUUCCCUCCGCGGCGGAUGAUGAUGUCGAACGCGGCGGCGCCGUGGGCUCAGGUGCCUCACCAGCUGCUGCAGGAGUUCGAGUUCUUCCUGGUCGUGGAUUUCGAGGCCACGUGCGAGAAGGACAAGCGGAUUUACCCGCAAGAGAUAAUCGAGUUCCCCUCCGUGCUCGUCGACGGCGCCACCGGCCGCAUCCAAUCCGCCUUCCGCAGGUACGUCCGCCCUAAGUACCAUCCCGUGCUGACCCCGUUUUGCAGGGACCUCACAGGGAUCAGGCAGGAGGACGUCGAUGGAGGGGUGGAUCUCCGCGAGGCGCUCCUGCUGCACGACCGCUGGCUGCAGGCGGCGACGGCGGGGACCAGGAAAGGCGGCAGCUUGGCCGUGGUGACGUGGGGGGAUUGGGACUGCCGCACGAUGCUAGAAUCGGAGUGCGUCUUCAAGGGGAUCGCAAAGCCGGCCUACUUCGAUCGCUGGGUCAACCUCAGGGUUCCCUUCCAGGCGGUGCUCGGGGGCGGAGGGCGAGUCAACCUGCAGGAGGCCGUCCGGGCCGCGGGGUUACAGUGGGAAGGCCGCCUGCACUGCGGGCUCGAUGACGCGCGCAACACGGCGCACCUUCUUGUGGAGAUUAUGCGCAGGGGCGCCAAGAUCGCCAUUACUGGCUCCUUGGCGCCGCCGCCGAUCCAGCACAAGGAGGAGGAGGGGCAGCAGCCUCACACAAGUCUGUGCGGGGGUGCCUGCUACUGCGGAGUGGCGAGCCGAGGAGGCGUUGUAGCUGUGCCGGGGCCGGCACAGGGGAGGUGCUUCUGGGGGUGUGGCAACUGGACGCCAGCCAUGGGAGCCGCCUGCCCCUACUUCUUGUGGACCAACUGAAUCAGUUGCGCCACCGAUUGCGAUUUCAGGCUCAGUCUAGAUAUUAGCUUCAUGUGAUUUGGUCACUGGAAUCAAAUGUGACCCAGCUGGCAUUAGCAUAGUUCACUGUGAACCUACAGUUUACGGGAGAGUAGCUAUCCUAUGUAAUCGCUGUGUCAGUUUUUAAUAUUAAUAAAGGUUUGAUUUAAUCA